AUGGAGAAUCGGGCAAGAGCGACGUACAAGUGGCCGGAAUCUGAUGUUGAGUUCGUGAAGAAGGUGGUAAUCUCCGGCGGAGAUGGGGUGGCCAACAAGGCUCUUUCAUGGAGACAGGCGCACCUCAGAAGCUACACUUUCUCAAGAGAAGAGGAUAAUCAUCAUAAUCCUAAUUGUUGUAUGAAGUUGAAGGGCCUUUCCAAGCUUCGAAAGAAAAGCUCGGACAAGAAGAAGACGAAGCUCGCCAAUUCCGUCGCACGGCGGAUGCUGUCAUGUAUCUUCAGUCUUGAUUGUCAAGACUGA